AGUCAUCUCUUCAGUUAAUAGAUCGGUUUGGAGUGUUCUUCGAGCAUGGAGUACCAUGAGGGACAUCUACGACGAAAGGAAGAAGCAUGGAUUGGCUUUAGAACUAGCCAGGAUUCUGAUUGCAGCAGACUAUUCAUGGGUCACACGAAAAUCCAAAAAUGGCGUGAAUGAAAGUGCUGCUGGAGAAACAAGAAAGCCAUCCCAAACAGAGACUCCGGAUAUCCCAUUGUUCAUUGCAACAAGCAAUGGAAUAUUAGAAAUCGUGGAGGAGACACUUACAGUACACCCUUUGUUACUUGAGUAUACAAACAAAGAGAAGCAGAACAUACUGCACCUCGCUGUAAUGCACCGUCAGUCGCACAUCCUUGAUCGUGUGACGAAGAGGAACAAGAAACUAACGUCAAGGUUGGCUCGACAAACCGAUAAGCAUGGAUUCACAAUACUGCAUUAUGUUGGAAACAUGAAAUUUUAUAAAGGAGGCACCCAGCAUGGUCCUGCACUUCAGUUGCAAGAAGAGUUACAAUGGUAUGAGGAGGUGAAGAAAUUAGUCCCACCAUAUUAUGCAAUGAACCGCAGCCGCAUUAAUGAACAAACAGAGACGCUCCAAGAGUUCCUUCGUCGAAAAUAUGACCAAACUGUAAGGGAAUUGUCUAAGGUAGUACUUUAGUCAGUUAAACUUGACGUGGUUCCUUCUUUUUUACAAUAAUCAGAUUUGAGUUAUAUGAUUAGCUAGGACCAUUACAUGACAUGACAUGACAUGACAUGUUACAUGAUGUUCCGGGUAUCAGAGAAUUACUCAUCAAUUCAUUUUGUUCUUUAACUUGCAG